AUACAGUUCGAGUAGAAGUUGAAGGAGGUACAGUAUAAUGGAUUGAACCAGACACUAGGGAAGCCCCUUCCCACCGCUUCACGACCGUUUGCGUAUCUUCCACUGGAUGGCAGCACGUGAUUGCAUGGGAGCGGCUUGUGUGGGUGUCCCUGCCUCCGCCAUCAUGCCGGGGUGGUGCAGAAACUCCGUGUCGAGGAAGCCGAGGAUAGCCCUAAGAGAGCGUAAGAAGUAGUCAGGACACCCCGGUAUCUUUCAGCAUCCGCCUGUCCGCCUGUCCGUCCGUCCGUCAGUGCGCGCGCGCGUCUAUACCUGCGUGAUCUCUGCGACAGAGCCGCGUCCGUGCGCCUCCCUACCCUCCUUCAUCCUCCUCCUCCUCCUCCUCCUCCGGUGAACGGAGCGGUGCCGCACCGAGUGAUGCUGCUGUGGCCCGCGCUUCACUCUUAAAGCAUCACAGCCCUAUGAACAUGUCCAACGCAGUCAUGGGUCUAAACCCCACCGACAGGGUCAUCAAAUCAUAACUAUCGUGCUGUUAUUCGGAUCAGUGAUGUGAUGUUCCAUGGACCAUUUGCCGUCCGUUUUUGGCGCACCCUGAUAGGCUGAUAGGUUGGAGGCUGGAGGCUGGAGGCUGGCUAAUGAGCUUCAGACCAUCUUUCUGCUAGUGGUGAAUGCGUGAAUUGCUACAGAGAGGGAGAAAGAGAGAUCUGUAGAGCUAGAGAGAGAGAAAGAAAGAGAAGGAGAUAGAGAAGGAGAUAGAGUGGGAGAUCAACAUCAUUUCAUUCCAAUGAAACCUUUUUCCUGGCCAGUUUGAUGAUGACAGCAGCCAAAGGACGACCUAAAGGAAAUAUACCAGCGGUCCCGUUCCCGCUGAGCCACAGGUUGAGUAUGCGGGAAGUGUUUGACUGCGAGGGAAAGCCUCGAGUGGACCUGUUGAAGGCCCACCUCACUAAAGAAGGCCGUGUGGAGGAACCUGUUGCUCUGCGCAUCAUCAAUGAGGGAGCCUCCAUCCUGCGACAGGAGAAGACAAUGCUGGACAUCGAGGCUCCUGUAACAGCAGUAUGUGGAGAUAUUCACGGGCAGUUUUUUGACCUGAUGAAGCUCUUUGAGGUCGGAGGGUCUCCCGCUACAACGCGGUACCUCUUCCUAGGGGACUACGUGGACCGAGGUUACUUCAGUAUUGAGUGUGUUUUGUAUCUCUGGUCACUGAAAAUCCUCUACCCAAAGACGUUAUAUCUGCUACGGGGAAACCAUGAAUGUAGACACUUGACUGAAUAUUUCACAUUUAAACAGGAAUGUAAAAUUAAAUACUCCGAGCAGGUGUACGACGCGUGUAUGGAUGCGUUCGACUGUCUGCCUCUGGCUGCUCUGAUGAAUCAGCAGUUUCUUUGCGUGCACGGUGGCCUCUCACCCGAGAUACACACGUUAGAUGACAUCAAGAAGCUGGACCGGUUUAAAGAGCCUCCAGCCUUUGGGCCAAUGUGCGAUCUUUUGUGGUCAGAUCCACUAGAAGACUUUGGCAAUGAGAAGUCACAGGAGUAUUUCGGCCAUAACACUGUCCGUGGCUGCUCCUACUUCUACAGCUAUCCUGCAGUGUGUGAGUUUCUACAGACUAAUAACUUGCUCUCAGUGAUCAGAGCCCACGAGGCACAGGACGCAGGUUAUCGGAUGUACAGAAAAAGCCAGACGACAGGCUUCCCAUCUCUCAUCACAAUCUUCUCUGCUCCCAAUUACCUGGAUGUGUAUAAUAAUAAAGCUGCCGUGCUGAAAUACGAGAACAACGUGAUGAACAUACGUCAAUUUAACUGCUCACCACAUCCGUACUGGCUACCGAACUUCAUGGAUGUGUUUACCUGGUCCCUGCCUUUCGUCGGAGAGAAAGUGACUGAGAUGUUGGUGAACGUCCUUAGCAUCUGUUCAGAUGAUGAACUUGUGAACGAUGGCGAAGAGAUCUAUGACGCGAAUGCUGCAGCCGCACGUAAGGAGGUCAUCAGGAACAAAAUCCGUGCCAUUGGCAAAAUGGCCAAAAUGUUCUCAGUGUUACGUGAGGAGAGUGAGAACGUGUUGACUCUUAAGGGUCUGACUCCGACCGGCAUGCUGCCCAGUGGAGUUCUUUCUGGGGGAAAACAGACUUUACAGAGCGCUACCAUUGAGGCCAUUGAAGCCAUCGAGGCGGUUGAGGACAGUGAAGCUAUCCGUGGUUUCUCCCCGCAGCAUAAGAUCAGAAGUUUUGAGGAGGCGAAGGGUCUGGACCGGAUAAACGAGCGCAUGCCUCCUCGCCGUGACGUGCUUAACAGUGUGGGUCUGUCUAUGGGCCGCAUGAACAUGGCCGAGUCCAACGGCACCGACGACAACAGCAAUCUCCAGUGACUCCUCAUCUUUAUCCUCCUCCCAUUCCUACUCAUCCCUGUCUGUGCCCUUGCUCUUCCUCAUUUUAUCCCCUCUAUCCCUCCGUCUGCAUUGCUGCACUUUUUCUCUUCACAGUGGAAGAGUGACUGUGAUUUGAGACGCAGCCUACAUGAACUACAGAAGAGCCAGGCUUAUUUUUAUUUGACUUUGAAAGGGAGGAGGUAAACAGCAUGUGAUGACGGGAGGAAGUGCCGGAGGAAGUAAUUGAGGAAGUGCUGGAGGAAGUAAUUAAGGAGGUAAUUGAGGAAACACUGAAUGAUGUACUGGAGGAACUGCUGGAGGAAAUUCUGGAGGUUUGCUUUUGUUUUAGUGAAGUGGAAGAGAGAGACGAGUGUGUGUGAGUUGUAUAAUGGCACAUUAACUAGAAACUAAUAAUAGGAUGUUGGGGUGCUGUUAUCUUGGAUUAGUUUGUGUGUGUGUGUGUGUGUGUGUGUGUGUGUGUGUGUGUGUGUGUGUGUGUGUGUGUGUGUGUGAGUGUGUGUGUGUGUGUGUGUGUGAGUGGUUGGUUGGUUGACUUGUGUAAUUACUUUGUAAGGAAGUAAGGCUUUAUCACAGAAGACUGUUCCUGCUGGAAACUGAAUAUUACGGCGUCUGCGAUUUUAAUUCACUGUCAGAGGAGUGUGUGUGUGUGUGUGUGUGUGUGUGUGUGUGUGUGUGUGUGUGUGUGUGUGUGUGUGUGUGUGUGUGUGUGUGUGUGUGUGUGUGUGUGUGUGUGUUUGGGCUUACCUUUUCAUUUAAAAAACAAAUAUCUCUUAUAGAAUUAUAAAAUUUUUGAAAUUUAUUCCUUGAUGUUUUAUAGUCUCUUUCUUGGCUCACAUGCUAAUAUUAAAUUAAUCUUUCAUGUGGAGCAUUUUUUAAACUCAUAUUCACUAUCAUCAACAUUCUCAUCAUCAUCAUCCUCAUCAUCUGCGAUUCGUGAUUCCAAUCUUGACACCUUUACCCGGUAAACAAAACACCAAUCUAUGAAGCAUGAAGUUUUUCCAUCAUGCUAAUUUUUUUUUUCUGUUUUUAGUCACUGUAUAUAUGCUUACUACAAAGUGUACAAGAACACAAAACCAUUGUAGACUCUACAGUAUGUAGUGCACUAUGUAAUCUGUUGGACAUGACUCUUUUUUUUUUUCAUUUGCUAUCAAGCAUCAGUAUAUCACAUUUUCAAAACUCUUCAGACUGUUUGCAUUAGCAACAUGACUCAAGUCACUGAAACACUUCAUACAUGUCUGAAAAUAAAGGAACGAGCAAACGGCUUCAACAUGUCCCCAUCAGAAAGCAUGCACUGUCACACUGUCACGCUGACUAAAAAACACUAUCAACUGAGAGCAACACAUGGUUUCAUAUUUAAAAUGAAAAAAAAAAAAAAAAGAAUAAAAGUACCGUAUUUUCCGCACCAUAAAGCGCACCGGAUUAUAAGGCACAUGCUAAAACAUACGGUAUACAAAAAAAUUUAACGGAAGCAAAACAGUGAGUUUGGUGGAACUUUAUUCUACUAUAUAACAUUACACACACAUUAUCAAUCUCCCACAAAUCCAUCAAAGUCCUCACCUAUUGGAGGCGUGGCGGAGGUGAGAAGUGUACGUACUGUACGUAUUACGUAAUGUUUUCUGAUUGGUUUAUCGCUGCAAGCGUACGUAAUGUAUGUAUCCCAGCGGAGCGCUUACCAAAGUCCCACAACAAUAUUUUUUACAGAUUUUGGAACUCAGUGCACACAUAAGGCGCAAAAGAUUAUUAGGCGCAUGUCUGAUUUUUGAGAAAAUUUAAGGCUUUUAGGUGCACCUUAUAUGCGUAAAAUGCUAUACUACUAUAGUUGCUGUAGCAGUUUGGCCAUGCCCACUUCACCUUUAAAUCUGAAUACAUACAGAGUGGUGUUGUGUGAUGCUGCUAAUAUUCGGCUUUUAAUAUGUGCGAAUAAAGUUGGCUGUAAAUGAUGAGUUUUUAGCCGAGAAGUUUCAAUUCAUUUGUGGUUCAGUGACUUAAAACUAGACCAUGAGAUCCUUAACACUGAGACGUUCAUCUUUUUUUUUCUUGUAAAAUGUAUUCAGACAGCCCUGUGUGUGUGUGUGUGUGUGUGUGUGUGUGUGUGUGUGUGUGUGUGUGUGUGUGUGUGUGUGUGUGUGUGUGGACUUUGACAAAACAAAAGACGUUCACAAUGCAGAUCUAGGAGGGUUUUUUUUCUUCGUUCAUGUUUACUCGUCUGCUCUGUGCGAUGUUAACGCUGCUGUCGCUGCAUCUUACUGGAACCGCUAUAAACAGCUGCCGGACUCAACAAGAGACGCCUUCACAUCAACACGUUUCUAUCUGUAACAGCAGAGGAGGACCGGUGCGAUUAAAAGGUUCUGGUGUUUGUGGACAUUCACACACCGACAUUCUUUGUGCAAAUAUAGAACUCAAAUACUGUAUGGUCUCAAUCAGGUCCUGGCAUGUCCAGCUAUAAAAGACUGAUCCGGCUGCGCCGAACACGCCUUGGGAUCUUGCUUUGUACAUAAAUUGACAUUUUUUCACAUUGAUGUUUUUUUUUCUAUUUAAGUGAACGAUUUAUUUAUGUUUCUUUUAUGUUUGAUUUUUUUUUUAGCUCGUUUACCGUUUGCUGUACACUUCAGUGACAACGCUUGUGGUUUUAUUAUUUAUAUAUAUGAGAUUUUCUUUUCCCUCUCAUGUACAUGAUCAUGUACAGAAGUCGUUCAGUUGAGUGAAUGAUCAUAUAACUGUUUGAAAAGCCACCCAGGCUGCAUGACUGCAUGGGAAAUUCAACAAUGUAAAGCAAAUAUGGAUGCGCCUUCUGGUGUCCUGAUGUUUUUAAAGAAGAUAUAUUCCGCUCAUCAUUAUUCUCGUCAUUAUUCUUCUUGUUUAUUAUAAAAUUAGCUUUCUGCUGUUUCUGGCUUCACUUCUCGUUUGGUCCCUCAUUGUGCUUUACUUUAAAACUGAAGCAGUUCAUGAGUUGUUUGUGAUUCUCUCUAUCUUUCGUUCUCUCUAUAUAUUUAUCUCUCUCUAUCUCUCCUCGUAAUUUUCUUAGUUUUGCCAUUCUGACUAUUGAUCUACACACAAUGUACGCAUGCCCCAUGGGACAAAUCUCUUUUUUUACUCUUGAAUAAAAUAUGCAUGGACCUUU